UGCCCAGUCUCUCUCUCUUCCCCGUUCUAAUCCAGCUGCUGCUGCCGCCGCUGUCUGCGUUCACGGUGCGAGCGCGCGCGCGUGCGUGCACUCUGCUUUCCGCUCGCCCCGAGCUGCUGCUCCUCAAUGUAGCGAAGACCAUGACAGGCAUCGCCGCCGCCUCCUUCUUCUCCAACAUCUGCCAGUUCGAGGGCUGCGGGCUGCACUUCGAGUCGCUGGCCGAGCUCAUCGCGCACAUCGAGGAUAACCACAUCGAUACAGAUCCUCGCAUGUUGGAGAAACAGGAACUUCAGCAGCCCACGUACAUCGCCCUCAGCUACAUUAACAGGUUCAUGACAGACGCGGCACGCCGGGAGCAUGAUUCUGUAAAGAAGAAGGUUCAGCCAAAGCUGUCACUCUCAAUGACGGGCAACCUUUCACGCAACAGUGUGGCCACGCCCCCUCGCCACAAUAGCGGGAACCUCACUCCACCCGUCACCCCGCCCAUUACGCCCUCAUCCUCAUUUAGGAGUAGCACCCCCACAGGUAGCGAGUAUGAUGAGGAAGAAGCAGAAUACGAAGAGUCUGACAGCGACGAGUCAUGGACCACCGAAAGUGCCAUUAGUUCAGAAUCCAUCCUGAGUUCCAUGUGCAUGAAUGGAGGAGAUGAGAAACCGUUCGCGUGCCCUGUGCCUGGAUGCAAAAAGAAAUACAAGAAUGUGAAUGGUAUUAAGUACCAUGCAAAGAAUGGCCAUCGCACUCAGAUUCGCGUCCGCAAGCCUUUCAAGUGCCGGUGUGGUAAAAGCUACAAAAGCUCUCAGGGGCUUCGACACCACACCAUCAACUUUCACCCCCCUGUCUCUGCUGACAUCAUCCGUAAGAUGCAGCAGUAGAGUGCCAACCGCCUCCUCUGCAUUCACAAAUACAUAUAUGUGAAAUACAUGCACACCAAUACAGUUUGUACGCUGCAAACCUCCAUAUUCAUCCUCACCAGCGGCUGUGGCUGUCCAGUAUCUCAGAUCCAUCUUUCUCUUAUGUCAUAUGCUUUUUGGAAAACAUCCAAAAAAUACAUCUGAAGUUCUACCUAACGUAUUAUACUCUUUUAAGAGUAAUAAUAUUUCAUACAUUCAUAUUUUUAUACUCCUCUUAGUGAAGUCUAUCGUUCCUUACCUCCAUAUAGCACAGCCCUCCGUGCAAAAUACACUACACUCCGAAUUGCAUGCUUUAAUUCUUUUAUCUUCAUUUGUUUGAUUUCCUCUGCUUAUUUGUGUCAGAGUUCAGUUUUGUAUUUUUGCACAUUCGCCAUCAUUCUUUUUUCCGUCUUCCUUUUUGAUCUAAGGUGCUUGUUGCUAUAGAACGACGGAUGAAAAGAGAAAUUGCGUGUUGUUCCGUUGAGAAAAAUGAAUGGUUAAUAGCAGCCCUGGAGGAGAUUCAAAAACCAGCUUCACACUGAAUGGAGAAGCUUGAGAGUUCAUCCUGUCAGUCAGGAAGUCAAAACAGGAAUGGCUUGAAAAGUCUGAAUGUGUGUAAAAUAACAAAAUAUUAACACCUAUAUAUAAGCAACAUUCAUAGUUUUAGAUUGUGUAUAUAAAUAUAUUCUAUUAACUUUCAUAGUCAAGUGUAAAUUCUAUACUGUAUAACUUUUAUUUUCUAUAAUUUCAUCUGAAUUUACAGUAAGAGCUGACAAUAUUGUAUAUUGUUUUUUUCUUUGGUAGUGCUUUGGUUAAACUCAGAAAAAAGUACCAAAUGACUCUCAGGUGACAAAUCGCUAGCAUUUCAGAACCAUAAUCCUGCCCGAUUUAUGAUAUUAUUUUUAGAGUAAGCUGUUACACACUUCUCAGAUCCACUGUGGCGGGAGUGUACAAACCUCCGCGGUGAAUUCAUGUGAUCUGGUGGAGAACCUAAAGCACUUUGUAGUGACCAGUUGCCAACCUGUUUAAGGAAUUUUGUAUUGCCAACAUAUCCGACGUCGCAGUCUUGGCUGCGAAUCAGCAGUGAAAUUUAAAGGACUAACAUGGAGGUUGUAGAGGAUACCUUUUGUUGUUUUAUUCAAGCUAAAGGGAAGGGUUUUUGCUAUACCUCCAAUGGCUUGUUAGUAGAGAUUAUGUAUACUGGUUGCCUUGAAUUGCCGUAAACCACAGCAUUCCAGUACAGUAUGUGUAGCCAUGUGUCAAUCGAAAGCCUGAUUCAGAUUUCAAUUCUGAUUGUGUGUUCACUCCUUGUUCUCCUUGAGACCUUAAUAGAUAGGCGACCCCUUAUAGAAACAUUAUAAGUUCCAACCAACCCUGACAAAAAGCUAUUCAAGUGUGGACAUUGCAUCAGAAUGGUACUCGCUUUUGGACUUAUAAAUGAAGGGGUCACUAGACCCUCCAGAAAUCCCAGCCAGAUCAGGACCUGCCAAUUCCUCAUUAUGACAUCACAGAUGUUUGUUUUCAUGGGAUGGCAGUAUCAGUUUCGAUGACAUUGUGACAGUAUUACACUGCCAAUAUAGAGGGAAGUAUUUGAUAUAUUGUGUACUUAAUGUAUUGUUAACGUCUGUAUGUGAGUGCUUUAAAUUAUAUUUUCUAAAGUUUCUGGACAAUAAUGUUCCUACAUGUAAUGAAGUCAAACACCAGAUGUUGUUUUGAAACUGGUGACAUUUUCUGCAACAAAAGAAAAAAAGGAAAAAAAAGCUGCUUUGUAAAUAUACACCUGGUUCCAUUUUGAACAUUAAAAUGACCUCUGAUGUGUUU